AUGAACAAGCUCAAAUCCAUGGCGGCAACAGCCUCGUCCAAGGCCACAGGGAUGUUUACGUCCGGCUCAGGCGAUAAUCUGCACUCGGUGCUGCAGAAGCAAGAAAGGAAGACUGGGGCGCAACGGAGAAGGGAGAGAAGCGACCCAUUUGUCGACGGGCCAUCUUUCGAAGAACCGACUCUGCCGAAAGCGCAUAUCUGGAUACAUCUCGUCACUCUGUUUUUCACCUUCCUGGCGGUAUGUACGAUUGGAGCGACAGCGGGGUUCCAAGCAAAGUGGUUUGGCGUGUCUGGCGGAACAGGCUUCACAAUCUUCCUACUCCUUACGAACUUCUUCCUCACCGUCUUCCUCUUGACUGUUCCGCUGAUAUAUGAUCGAUGGGAUCGAAUGAAACGCCCCGCGCAAUUCCUUCAGCAAGCUCGGGCGACCUUGAUCCUUCACAUCUUUGGGUCAUUGAUGGCCAUCAUCGCCUGCCUAAUUGUCACUGUCAGCGCUUUUGCCGCACCCGGAUGUAAAGCCGCCGCCGAUGACCCACACGCGAGUCUAGGUGAAGACUUCAAGAGCGGGCUGGACCAGUGGUGCACCACCAAGAAGGCGUGUGCUGUCUUUGGCUGGCUUUCGUUCGGCGGCUGGAUAGCACUCUCAAUCCUCGCCGUCCUCACUUUCCGCCGCGAACGACGCCACGAGCCCUCCUUCCUCCCCCCUUCUUCCCCUAUCACCCACACCGCCGGCAUCGGCUACACCCACGUUGCCAACGGUCACGACGACGACAACGAAAAGGCCGGUACCGACGUCUCGUACAACCGCCCCUCGGACGCCGAGCGGGAUGUCGGCCUGUAUAACCAGCCGCCGGUCAGUCAGCCUGUAGCGCGGGAACGGUACGAGCCAAGGAUGGAGCCGGCGCAGGCGGCGGGGAUGGCCUUCCCGCUCACCCCGGGGUUGACGGAUGGGCCGAGUCGGACGAUGCAGCUGGCGUAUUCGGAUCCUUACGCUCAAGUGCGCGCAUCCCUCAUGCAAAGCUCUCAGCAACGCGCUACCCCUCCACCACAGCCUCAGCAGUACUACGCCCAAGGUGGUCUGCCUGCGCCCCCAAAUUACGGCGGAUACCGCUAG